UCAAGGGUUUCUAGCAAUGUCUCGACCGCCACCAUCAUCGUCCGAACCCAGCGAGUUGGUGUCUGAGUCGGAAAGUGAUUGGGAACAGGAGGCUAAUGCCCGGUUGGCAGAGAGAAUGGAGUCGUUCAUGUCCUGUUUUGACGACGGAAUACAACCUAAGAGCGUCCUUGCCAAGAAGGAUGCAAUAGCGGAGCGAGUGAAGAAGGACAAGGUGGUCUCGAAGGCUCCGACUAAGAAAACGGAAUGGUCUUUCGCGGCUGAUAAUGGAGUGGAUGAGAAUGUCGAUGCACGAGAGAGGGAGGCCAUUGCAUCGAAUCGUCCGGAUUUCACAAGUGGAGAUUUCAUGGCGAGCUCUGUUGAGAAAAUGACGAAUACGAAGCGAGCAUCCUAUAUAGCACCCCCACCUUCUAAGAAGAAGCCUACUACAACGUCCCAGAGAGAGGACGAAGAGGAUAAGGUUUUCAACAAGGCGUUGCAAGAUAUGCUCAACUAUGUUUAUCCGAAGACCAAAGACAAGAAAUCUAAGCGACAGUAUAUGGAUGCGAAAUUUUCGGCUCUAGGCGGCAAGGUUGAGAAGGAGACCGGCCAUAAUAUCACUCACCUCCGAAAGAUGCGUGAAGAUCGCCAACGACUGGUCAAUGCGAGCAAAGAGAAGGCACAGUAUAUGGGCGUGAAUGUCUCGACGCUGAAGUAUACCACUGUAGGAGAUGCUGAUAGGGCACGAAAGAAAGCUGCCAGACAUAAACGUGAGGAAGCUGAUGCUAAGCUGAUGGAUUCGGUUGGUGCGGUCUUCACGGGCGGAAGGGGUAAAGGGACCGCUUACAAGGGAGGUAAAAUGAAAGAUGGGAUGCUCGCUGUGUCCAAGGAUAUUCUCAAGAAGUAUGGCGCUAAGUCGGGCGGGUCUGGAGGAAAAUCGAAGCCACGGAGAGGAAAAUAG